UAUUAAAGAAAAAUAAAAAGCCGACUGUGACAGUCAGACUGUAGUAGUAGUAACUGACCGACAAACACUACUAAAAAUACUUGUCCUUCACCAUUUUCAUUUCGGGAAUCACACCCAAAAAUAUACCCCCAUUCUCAUUCAGACUUCUUCAAUUCAUCUAUCACUUUUAAACUAAUUAAACCAAACCAUAGAAUAAUCUGAUUAACAAUAAACAAACAAAAUUGAACGGAGGUAACUCCGGGCAAAUAAUGAGAUACGACAACAAAACAACAUUCAAAUCGACCACAUUAUUAUUAUUGAAACAUUAUCAUGGGUAAUUGUGGUACUCGCGAAGAAUCAGCUGUUGUUUCAGAUGCUCAAGUAAAACAGCUACAGGUGAAACAUCAGGGUUUGGAAAAGAAGCAUAGUAGGUCGAUAUCGGAUUUUAGUGAUCCAUCAACCCCACGUAGUAAUAAUCUGAAUGGUAUUGAAGACUUGAGGAAUAACUCGUUGUUAUAUACUCAUGUGAUUGCCUUCACUUUGUUUGAGCUCGAGACUAUUACCAAGAGUUUUAGGUCUGAUUAUAUUCUUGGAGAGGGUGGUUUUGGGACUGUUUAUAAAGGUUAUAUUGAUGAGAAUGUUCGAGUUGGACUGAAAUCGUUGCCCGUUGCUGUUAAGGUUUUGAACAAGGAAGGUCUUCAGGGCCACAGAGAAUGGCUUACGGAAGUUAAUUUCCUUGGUCAGCUCAGGCAUCCGAAUUUGGUGAAGUUAAUAGGAUAUUGCUGUGAAGAUGAUCACAGAUUGCUCGUUUAUGAGUUCAUGUUUCGUGGAAGCCUUGAAAAUCACCUCUUUCGAAAAACAAGUGCACCUUUAUCAUGGUCAACAAGAAUGAUGAUUGCUCUUGGGGCAGCAAAAGGCCUUGCCUUCCUUCAUAACGCAGAACGGCCUGUAAUUUAUAGGGACUUUAAGACUUCUAACAUUUUGUUGGACUCGGAUUAUACAGCUAAGCUAUCUGAUUUUGGUCUUGCAAAGGCUGGACCUCAAGGGGACGAGACCCAUGUAUCAACAAGAGUUAUGGGUACCUAUGGUUAUGCUGCUCCUGAAUAUGUGAUGACUGGGCAUCUUACUGCAAGGAGUGAUGUAUACAGCUUUGGGGUUGUUCUUCUGGAGUUAUUAACCGGAAAGAAGUCUGUAGACAAAACAAGACCAAGCAAAGAACAGAGCUUAGUGGAUUGGGCACGACCCAAGCUGAAUGACAAAAGAAAGUUGCUCCAAAUCAUAGACCCUAGAUUAGAAAGCCAAUAUUCAGUAAGGGGAGCUCAAAAAGCUUGUAGCUUGGCAUACUAUUGUUUAAGUCAGAACCCCAAAGCAAGACCGCUUAUGAGUGAUGUGGUCGAGACAUUAGAGCCUUUGCAAAGCAGCAGCAGCAGUGCAAAUGAAGUCUCGUUAUCGUCUUCACUGAGCGUGGGACGCCCUCUAGUCAUGGGUAAUCACGCAGCCUAUCAGAUGCAUCACAAGUUCGUUCAAACUGUUGGCGCUGGUGCUGGGUGCCGAUCGGCUAACCCAAAUUGUUCUCCUGGACCCUCUACUGCUUGCCGGGUCAGAUAAAAAUAAAUGUGAAAUAUAAAUUAUGCAAACUAGUUUGUAAAUUUUUCUUUCAGUGUGUAUUUGUUUGUUUACAGUGAUCAUUACUUUGAGAUGAUGCUUGUACAUGUUGAUGGUAUGUAGUAGGUCAUGUUUUGAGAUUUCUUGUGUUCUCAAAUGGCUUUGAUACUAUUUGUGUGAAA